AUGUUCUCCGACAUCAGCCUCAAGGGUGCUCUCCUCAGCGUCUUCCUCGCUGCAGGUGCCGUCGCAAGCCCCAUCGAGAAGCGUGCUGCCUGCUCUCAGUACACCAUCAUUUCCACCCGUGGUACUGGUGAACUUCAGGGUCCUUCUGCUGGAUUCCGCACCAUGAACCAGCAGACUCUCGCCCAGGUCUCCGGCGGCACCGUCUACAACACUGUCUACCUUGCCGAUGCCAGCCAGAACUCCGCCCUCGGCACUCAGGACAUUGUCAACAAGGUCCAGUCCUCCCUCCGCACCAACCCCAACAUGUGCUUCAUCCUCCAAGGCUACUCCCAAGGCGCCGCCGCCACCGUCAACGCCAUGCCCAAGCUCACCGGCGCCAACAUGGACGCCGUCAAGGGAGUCUUCCUCAUCGGCGACCCAGAGCACCGUUCCGGCCUCGCCUGCAAUGUCGACGCCAACGGCGGCACCACCACCAAGAACGUCAAUGGUCUCUCCGCCGUCCUCGGUGGCAUCCCCGCUGCUUGGGUCCCCAAGACCAUGGAUGUUUGCGCUUACGGUGAUGGUGUUUGUGACACCACUCACGGUUUCGGAAUCAACGCUCAACAUCUGUCUUACCCUUACUCUAGCACUGUUCAGAGCAUGGGUACCAAGUACAUGGUUGCCCAGCUCAAUGGCUCCAGCUAA